UGUUAUUGGGAGCUUAUUUUUAUAGUGGGACGUCCAGUUCUGUGAUACGAGAGCAAUAUUUUCGAGUCAGACGCCCAUCUUUCUCAAAUGUGUUUGCAAAAAGAGUACCUAAGUGUUAUCAAUUUGUUUUCAACACGAAUCUAUAUAAUUUACCUCUAUUACUCAGUGAUACGACAUAUCAAUUCAAUGAAUCACAACUCGGCAACUGAUCAAUUAUUCAUUUCAUCGCUUUUGGCUAAAUCACGGUCUAAUAGAAGGCAAACCCAAGGGUUCACCAAACGCCUUGCAUCGUUCUGCCAGUUUCCCCAGAAUACGAGUUUCAAUAGCGUCGAAUUGGCUAAACAUGGAUACGAGUUUCUUCAUGAAUACAUAUCGUGUCCAUCCUGCAAGUUUCGGAUGAAGCCAACAGCUACAGAUAUUCUCGAAUCACAUAGAAGAAUUGGACCAACAUGUGAUGUUUAUGAAGCACAUGCUAAGUUAUUGGCACCAGAAUCCUUGCAUUUGCAUGCAUUUUCACCAGAUCAAGAGAUGCGACUGGAAACCGAAAUUGACACUGUAUCGAAUAAGACGAGCUUAGAGAAUUCUAGGUGGAAGUUUGAGUAUGAGAGAUUGAAGUCCUUCGCAGAUCAGAAAACCAAAAUACCCAGCUUUGAAAUAUUAGCUAGAAGUGGUUUUUAUCUGCCCGAGAACGAAAAAGUAGAAUGUUAUGCGUGUGGAUUUUCUAUCAUCGCCGCUUCCUGGCAAACUGUUUUUGAGCUACAUGCUUUUAAAUCCACGGGGUGUCCUUUUCUAAACGGGAAGGCUUUCAAUAUCCCCGUGGAACAGCAGUCCGAACCCAAUUAUAGCUUAUCAGAGGCAACGGGCGACUCCUUACAAAGCGAAGGUGGGGAGCAUUCAAACAACAGUGGGGAUAGAAAGGCCGAAAAAAGUCAUGUCGAAAAAACAAAAUCCAACCCACGCAUCUUGGAUGAAAAAUUCUUCCAGCGACUAAUUACCUACAAACAUUGGCACGACGUGGACUUUAAAGGUGUGUCUGCAAUAAACUGUGCGUACGCAGGAUUCGUGUAUGUUCACAAAUACGCGCAGCCAGUUCUGCAGUGUCUGGAAUGUGAGGUGAUGAUGCUGAACUCUAUGCCAGCUGUUGACAUGAUGAUUGAACACGCCAGCUGUUCUCCAGUGUGUCCAUUCAUAUCCAAAGUCAAAGGAGUGGACUACUUCAAACACGCCAUCGAAAUCCGGAACAUCGCGCUGAAAAAGGCGGGAAAACCAGCCUUGAAUGUCAGGGCAAUGGACGUGAAGUACGCUCUCAAAGCGGAAUACGGAAAAUCCGGACUCGGACAAGGUGACUGGGAAUCGUUUGAACAUUUUACAACCGAACUUGUCAACCUCGGAUUUCCCCCGAAAGUUGUCCAGAAAACAGUAGCGAAGAAAAUGCUGAAGGUCAACAAUCAGUCUUCCGAAUCGAACGAAAGACCCAAACUGACGCUAACGAGCUUGCUGUCAAGUGUUCAGCGUGCAUACAACAACAAAUAUCUAAGCGAGGAGGCCAGGGCGGCAAUGAAGCCUGGUGGGGAAUCGGAAUCGACGGAAAACAGUCAGACGGGGAGUGGCGACACCUCGUCCUCUUCAGUUUCGUCUGACAACAGUCAGGUGGGGGAGGACUGGCCGCCCACAUUACAACUGGAGGAGACUCUGGGACGAUGUCUGCAUUGUUUAGAGAAUCCGAUCAGUGCCCAGGUGGUGGACUGUAAACACAUCUGUCUCUGUGGCAACUGUGCCACUUUCGUUACCAGAUGUCCCCUCUGUCAUGUCAAAAUAAAAGCCACCAACAGGCUAUUUUUGGUUGAAUCGGGAAGUAGUAGCAAACCAAGAACUGCUUCAGAACUCACGUUAAGACUCUAUGAAACCUGAUCAAUUGGAAAAAAAACAUUUUAGUAGUUAAAUGGUUCAAACUCAAGCAGAUAUAUCGGGUGCGACAGUUUGAUUUUAUAUGCUGUUAAAUGCUAAGCAACUUUUCAUUCUAUUGAAAGGAACUAAAAGAAGGUGUGCACGAUAUGGUAAUAACAAUACAGCUUUGGAGUUAUUUAGCCUCCGAUGUCCCACCCGAUCCGAUAUAACCACAUAAGUUGAGCCAUUGUUUUUAAUGGUUAGUUUUCCUAAUUAGAAAUGUAAAAUUUAUAUUCUCUCUGAUGUAAUGCUUAGAAACGGAUCUUGGCACUUCUACCCUGCCCGACCCCUACUACUAUAACUUUUUAACUUCAGCUCACGUUAUUUUUUGGCAUGCGAGUUAAUUGUCAAAUAAGAAACAAAAAAAAAUUCUGGAAAGUAGUGAUAUAAAAAGAAAAAUAGAAUUGCGUUUGGUGGUUUGUGAUUAAGUAUCCUCAGUUCAUGGCCAUGGGUUCACUUAAGGAAGCAUUUAACUCAUUUUUAAUUAUUAAUUUUUUGAUCAUUCUGAAAUAAUGGCAUAAUUUUGGGCUAUUUACA